UCUCUCGCGCGCUGGGUGGCUGACUACAGUCCAGUGAGGGGGUGGGGGUGAGGAGGAUUCAGGGAGGGGUGGGUGCUGGCGACCUGGACUUCUGGAGCUCUGAUCAGUACAACCCUGUGGGCUCUGACUUAUGUCCCAGCACCCUUAUCACUGGUUAAGAGCUCAGGUUUGAACCAGACUAGGGUCUAAAUUUGGCCGUAAUAAUAGCCCACUAGCUGUGUGACCUUGGACAAGUUAUUUAAUAUCACUUUCCCUAUCGAUAAAAUAGGUAUAUCAGUACCUAAGGUUAAGUGCAUGAUCCAUGAGGCCAGAUUGCCUAGUUCAAAUCCCAUCUCUACUAAAGUGUCACUUUGGACAGGCUACUUAAUAUUUCUGUCCCUCGGUUUCCUUAUCUGUAAAAUUCAAAUGAUAAUUAGCUACCUCAUGGAGUUGUUUUAAGUGUAAAUGAUAUGUGAAGUGCCUCGAAUAAUCUGACGCAUAGUCCUCAGUAAGUGACAAACAGAAGUAUUAGUAUUAUUACCCUGGUCCUCACGUCCCAGGCUUGGGACUGUGAAAGCAAGAGUAAUGGAAAUUCCCAAGCCUUGGCACCAAGCAGUUGUCCUUGACAUCUCUUAUCCUGGCAGGCAGGGAUAAAUUGGAAAAGGGGCACACAUCCAAAGAAGAUGGAAUGUCCUGGAUGGUGUUUUUGCUGAAAUAGUGCUCUCCAGAAAAAAUAUCCCUUUUCUAAGCUACCUCCCCAACACCCCCUUACAUAUCACUGGGAAGAUUUUCCUAGUUUCCCUUGGUUCUGAACCUGUUUUAGCCCCCCGCCCCGUUAUGACAUUUAUCUAGAUUUAACCUGCUUUGUGUGGGCCUUGUGCUGGACGCUGUGGAUUCAAGAUGAACAAAGCACUUCCAACCCUUAGGGAGCUCAGUCUAGUAGAGCACUGAUUCUCAAUCUCGAAUGUGCUUACGAUCGCCUGGGAAUCUUGUUAAAAUACAAAUUCCGAUUCUAUACGUCUGAGUAGGACCUGAGACUCUGCAUUUCUAACAAAUUCCCAGGUGACGCUGAUAAAGCUGGUUCAAGAUGUAGAGGAUUUUACAAACUAAUAGAGUAGUGGGAGACAAAGUCCAGGCUAACUGCCUGGCAACUUGAGGUGGUCUCCGCCUCUCCUUGCUCGCUGAAGUUCCCUCCCAGGAAUCCACCACGUGACAGUUGGACCGCUGUCAAAGCGCCAUGGCGCUGAGGAAGCCGCUCUGCCUUCCCUCCCUGCUGCUGCUCCUGCUGCUGCUGCUGCUGCUGCUGCCCCAGGCAGACACUCGGUCGUUCGUAGUGGAUUGGAAUCAGGAUAGAUUCCUCCUGGAUGGGGUUCCGUUCCGCUACGUGUCUGGCAGCUUGCACUACUUUCGGGUACCUCGGGUGCUUUGGGCUGACCGGCUUUUCAAGAUGCGAAUGAGUGGCCUCAAUGCCGUACAGUUUUAUGUGCCCUGGAACUACCAUGAGCCAGAGCCUGGGGUCUAUAACUUUAAUGGCAGCCGGGAUCUCAUUGCAUUUCUGAAUGAGGCAUCUAUAGCAAACCUGUUGGUCAUACUGAGACCAGGACCUUACAUCUGUGCAGAGUGGGAGAUGGGGGGUCUCCCAGCCUGGUUGCUUCGUAAACCUAAUGUUCGUCUGAGAACUUCAGAUCCAGACUUCCUUGCCGCAGUGGACUCCUGGUUCAAGGUCUUGCUGCCCAAGAUAUAUCCAUGGCUCUACCACAAUGGGGGCAACAUCAUUAGCAUUCAGGUGGAGAAUGAAUAUGGAAGCUAUAGGGCCUGUGACAUCAGCUACAUGAGACACUUGGCUGGGCUCUUCCGGGCACUACUAGGAGAAGAAAUCUUGCUCUUCACCACUGAUGGGCCUGAAGGACUCAAGUGUGGCUCCCUCGAGGGACUGUAUACCACUGUAGAUUUUGGCCCAGCUGACAACAUGACCAAAAUCUUUGCCCUGCAAAGGGAGUAUGAACCCCACGGGCCAUUGGUGAACUCUGAGUACUACACAGGCUGGCUGGAUUACUGGGGCCAGAAUCACUCCACACGGUCCAUUACAGAUGUAACCAGAGGACUUGAGAACAUGCUGAAGUUGGGAGCCAGUGUGAACAUGUACAUGUUUCAUGGAGGUACCAACUUUGGUUACUGGAAUGGUGCUGAUGAGAAGGGACACUUCCUUCCAAUUACUACCAGCUAUGACUACGAUGCACCAAUAUCUGAAGCAGGGGACGUCACACCUAAGCUUUUUGCUCUUCGAAAUGUCAUCAGCCAGGAUGGGUAUAUGCUGGAUUUCCUGCACUUACUGUGCCCCCAAGGACCUAUCCAUUCCAUCUUGCCAAUGACCUUUGAGGCUGUCAGGCAGGACCGUGGCUUUAUGUUGUACCGGACCUACCUAAUGUACCCUGUUUUUGAGCCAACACAGUUCUGGGUUCCAAACAACGGAGUACAUGACCGUGCCUACGUGAUGGUAGAUGGGGUGUUUCAAGGUGUUUUGGAACGAAACAUGAAACACAAACUAUUUUUGACGGGGAAAAUGGGGGCCACAGUGGAUGUCUUGCUGGAGAACAUGGGGAGGCUUAGUUUCGGGUCUAACUACAGUGACUUCAAGGGCCUAUUAGAGCCACCAAUUCUGGGGCAAACAAUCCUUACCCACUGGCUGAUGUUCCCUCUGGAAGUUGAUAAACUUGUAAAGUGGUGGUUUCCCCCUCAAUUGCUGAAAAAUUCACGUCCUCAAAUUCCCUCUGGCCCCAUCUUCUACUCCACAACGUUUUCAAUUUUAGACUCAGGUGGAGACACAUUUCUCUUUCUACCUGGAUGGACCAAGGGCCAAGUCUGGAUCAAUGGGUUUAACUUGGGCCGGUACUGGACAAAGAGAGGGCCACAACAGACCCUCUACGUGCCAAGACCCCUGCUGUUUCCCACAGGAUCUCUCAACAAAAUCACAUUGCUUGAGCUAGAAAAUGUGCCUCCCCAACCUGAAAUCCAAUUUUUGGAUAGUCCUAUCCUCAAUAGCACCUUGCACAAGACAUACAUCUAUUCCCUCUCAGCUGAUACACAAAGUGACUCUGAACCAAUGGAGUUAAGUGGGCACUGAAAGGUAACCCUUGGACCUGGGUGGGA